AUGUCGUCUCCCUCCGCCUCAGAAGAAACCCUCUCGCCCACGACGACGCGGUCCUCGACCAAGUCCAACAUGAAGAUCUCGAUGCCGCCCCCACCGUCGGCCUUUGUGCACCCCAGCCCCGCAUACAUCAUCGCGCCGACGCCGUCACCGACCCAAAACCCCAACGACGGGUCGUGGCAUCCUCAGGACCACUCUCACCACCACAUCCACAUCGCGACGCCGCACCCCUUGGCCGCCGCCGCCAACUUCCUGGACAAACACGUCCCGCUGUUCGCCAAGCACCACGCCGAGUUCGCGACGCAGCACGAGAUCCGCGCCGCCAAGCGCGAAGCCCGUCACAGCCUGGUCGAGUCGCCCAUCCCGGAGAUGGACGCCGAGAGCGUCAUGUCCGCCAACGGGGGAGCCGUCGGCGCCGCCAUCCACAGCGCUACCGUCAUGGGGACAGCCGCCGCCCUGGGCGAGCCGUCCCAGCACGCCCUCGACCCGGCCGCCUGGAACGAGGUGCUGGCCAAGCGCGAGGCCGCCCGCUUGCGAUCCGGCUCCAACAUGACCCGCACUGGCGCGGACUUCUCGCACGACAUCGCGAGCGACUCCGAGUCCAAGACCUCUGGCUCGCCGGCCAUCACCCCCUAG